GCUGGUUCCAGCAGCUGCUCCAGCAAUGGUCCCCAGGCGCCCUGCCAGCCUAGAGGUCACUGUAGCCUGCAUCUGGCUUCUCACGGGGUGAGCCUUUCUUUUACUGCGCCUGCGUGCGCGCGCAGACGACAGGCCCCGCCUCUCUGGUUGGGACGACAACAGACUUGCGCCGGGAGGCGAGCUGCGCCUGCGCGAUCGCGAUCGCUGCGUCAGCCGCUUGCGCGGGGCCGGCGACUAGAAGUCCCGAGUUGUCUGUGCUGAUCGUGAGGUCUGCCGCGCCGCGUGGGUUCGCGCGCGGAGACUGAGAAAAGCGUGGGGGAAAAUUGCUGUCCCGAGCUGCAAGAAUCAGAGGUAGUGUUACCUUCCCGGCCCGAACCCACAGCCCCUUCCCUGCCCCGCCCUUCCCCCUUCCUGGGGACCCCCUAAGCUCCCCCGGUUCUAAAGUGAGCCCCUGCUGAGGCCAUGAAGCUCGUGAGGAAGGAUAUCGAGAAGGACAAUGCGGGCCAGGUCACCCUCGUCCCCGAGGAGCCCGAGGACAUGUGGCACACCUACAAUCUAGUGCAGGUGGGCGACAGCCUGCGCGCCUCCACUAUCCGCAAGGUUCAGACCGAGUCCUCCACGGGCAGCGUGGGGAGCAACCGUGUCCGCACCACCCUCACUCUUUGCGUGGAGGCCAUCGACUUCGACUCCCAGGCCUGCCAGCUGCGGGUUAAAGGGACCAAUAUCCAAGAGAAUGAGUAUGUCAAGAUGGGGGCUUACCACACCAUCGAACUGGAGCCCAACCGCCAGUUCACCCUGGCCAAGAAACAGUGGGACAGUGUGGUUCUGGAACGCAUCGAGCAGGCUUGUGACCCGGCGUGGAGUGCUGAUGUGGCAGCCGUGGUCAUGCAGGAGGGCCUCGCCCACGUCUGCUUAGUCACGCCCAGCAUGACCCUUACCCGUGCCAAGGUGGAGGUGAACAUCCCCAGGAAACGGAAAGGCAACUGCUCCCAGCAUGACCGGGCCCUGGAGCGGUUCUAUGAACAGGUGGUCCAGGCCAUCCAGCGCCACAUAAACUUUGAUGUUGUAAAGUGCAUUCUGGUGGCCAGCCCUGGAUUUGUGCGAGAGCAGUUCUGCGAUUACAUGUUUCAGCAAGCUGUGAAGACGGACAAUAAGUUGCUUCUGGAAAACCGCUCCAAAUUCCUUCAGGUCCACGCCUCCUCUGGACACAAGUACUCCCUGAAAGAGGCCCUAUGCGACCCUACUGUAGCGAGCCGCCUAUCAGACACGAAGGCUGCUGGGGAAGUGAAAGCCUUGGAUGAUUUCUACAAAAUGCUACAGCACGAACCUGACCGAGCUUUCUAUGGACUCAAGCAGGUGGAGAGGGCCAACGAAGCCUUGGCCAUCGAUACCUUGCUCAUCAGUGAUGAGCUAUUCCGGCAUCAGGACGUGGCCACCCGGAGCCGGUAUGUCAGGCUGGUGGACAGCGUCAAAGAGAACGCUGGCACCGUAAGGAUAUUCUCUAGUCUCCAUGUGUCUGGGGAACAGCUGGGCCAGCUGACAGGAGUAGCCGCCAUUCUCCGCUUCCCGGUGCCAGAACUCUCUGACCAGGAGGAUGAUUCGAGUUCGGAAGAGGAUUAAGACUGACAGUUAAUAGUUUCUUCUCUGGUUUUUCUCGGCAUCCUUGACAGGUGCCAGAGCCGCACUUGUUGAUCCUGCUGGAGUUUCUUGUGUGUUGGGUUCACACUUAGUGUUUGAUGGCUUGGUUGGCAGGACAUGUUUUCAAAUUAAAUAAACCACAACGAUGUCCAAGCA